AUGGACAAAGCUCCCGGACGAGAAAGCCAGGGAUCAAUCACAGACUGGGUCAAGCCUGGUGAUAAGAGCGGCGAAUUCAAGCGUCAAACCUCUGUCUUCCGAAAUUGGAUCGAGAAUACACCCAAUGCGGAGUUUCCACCUGAAAAAGGUCGAUACCAUCUUUACGUCUCCUACGCAUGUCCAUGGGCUCAUCGCACACUGAUUGUGCGCCAAUUGAAGGGUCUUGAAGAUUUUAUUUCAUACAAUAGCGUCCACUGGCAUAUGGCGGAGAAAGGAUGGCGAUUUACGUCAUCCGAAGAAAAGAUUCCAGGAAACACUAUACCGGAUCCAUUGCACCAAGAUUACACACAUCUCCGGGACAUCUACUUUGAGCAAAACCCAGACUAUGAGGGGCGGUUCACGGUACCGACGCUUUACGACAGGAAGACGAACAAGAUAGUGAGCAAUGAGUCAGCGGAGAUUAUCAGGAUGAUGUACACGGCUUUUGACGACAUCAUCGAAGAAAAGUACAAGAAGGUUGAUUUGUUCCCCAAGGACCUGCAAAAGGACAUUGAGGAGAUGAAUGAGUGGGUGUACAAUGAUAUCAACAAUGGUGUUUACAAAUCAGGAUUCGCAACGACUGAAGAAGCAUACACAAAGGCUGUAACCCAACUGUUCAAGUCUCUAGACCGACUGGAAGAGUCACUCUCGGAGUCGACAACCCCAUAUCUUUUGUCAGCACCACAUGUUACAGAAGCAGACGUUCGUCUUUUCACCACCAUCAUCCGCUUUGACCCAGUCUACGUACAGCAUUUUAAAUGCAACAUUCGUGAUAUCCGCUCAGGAUACCCGCACAUUCACAAAUGGCUGAGACAUUUGUACUGGGACUACCCUGCCUUCAAAGACACGACCAAUUUUGAGCACAUCAAGAAGCAUUACACCAAGAGCCACGGUCAAAUCAAUAAGUUCCAGAUCACGCCUAUCGGGCCUCUGCCUGAUAUCCUCAACAAGGAAGACGAGGUGCCGAGUGUGAAGGCUGCUUUGAAGAAGUAG